AUGUUGACAAAAGUUGCAAGAGCCAUCCUUCAACCAAGCCAAAUUCCAAAUACUGUUGAUUCAAAGGAAAAAAGCACAAAAGUCACUCACAAGCUUGAUGGUGAAAAAAUUGAUUGUGCAAAUGCACCUGUGGAAAAUUCACUAGAAGAGAACUUGCGGCGUGAUACAUACCUUGUCACAAAUAAUGGAAGAUAUAAACCAGUUUGUAAGACGUCUCCAAAUACUUGUACUCCUAAACUUACAAAGCCUGCAACAAAGCCAGUUAAUGGAAAAAAGAAAAGAGUAGUGGUAGCAAAGAAGAUUUCUCCUGUCUCUGGUGCACUGACAAAGAAGUCAAAACAUAAAGUGAAAUUGAAAGUUGCAGCCAAGGGAGUUGCUCAAAGAAAACUGCAGCUGGUUAAAACCCCCAACAAUAAACUUCCACGGCACCCAAUGCCGUUUGCAGCAAAGAACAUGUAUUACGAUGAGAGGUGGAUUGAGAAGCAAGAGGAAGGUUUCACUAAAUGGCUCAACUUUGUACUGACACCACCUGAUGUAACAGACUCUACUGUACAAGCUGAUGCCAGUAGAGUUCAUAUGGUAGGAAAUAUGGUCCUUGGAGGUACUCAAGAAACAAAGAAGUCUCAACCUUUGGCCCCAACUAAAGAGGCCCUCUCCUUACGUGCCUACACUGCUAAGCGUAAGAUGGCCCGUUUGAGAAGGUGUGCCUGUUUGUUGUACCAAUCAGAACCCUUGGGGUACAUAAUCAGAAAGAUUGAAGCUGAAGUGGAAAAUGGACGACUUGCCAUCAGACCAGACAAAAAGUUACAUGCAGAUUUAGGAAUCAAGAAGCAAGUUGCUGACAUGAUCCUGUCCUACAACUCCUUAUGGCUACGGAUUGGACUUGAGACCAUAUUCGGUGAAAUUCUCCCUAUCCACUCAAAUGAUGACGUAAAUGGGCUGAGGCGUUUUAUCACAGACAGAUUACUUGGUAACCCGGAUGUUGCCAGUGCAUUUGCACAUCCACAGGUGCCAGGGUUGUAUCGUGAAGGUUACGUAGAGCAGCUGGGAAAGUUUACUUUGAAGAAGUUUCUCCUUUUGGUGUUGUUCUUGGAUCGUGCGAAAUUGACGCGGCUGAUUGAUCAUGACCCGUGUCUCUUUAACAAGGACGCCUCAUUCAAGUCAAACCGCAGUCUUCUACUAACGUUCUCCCGCGAGUACCUUAAGGGAGAGGGUGACGUGACAAAGCACCUGAACUUCUUGGGUUAUUCGGUCACUCAUUCUCAGAGACCGAUCGACGAAGUGGAUUACGCUGUGAAGAACAUUGCCACAGAUCUGAGAGACGGUCUGCGUCUAACGCGAGUGGUGGAGCUCUUAACCCAUGAUUGGCAGCUGUCAGCAAGUCUCCGUGUUCCGGCUAUUUCCAGAUUACAGAAAAUCCACAAUGUAGACCUUUUUAUGAACGCAUUGAAACAAAGAGGCAUUCUUGUCGGAGGAAUUCACGGGGGUGCUACUGAUGCGCGCCAUAUCGUGGAUGGACACCGAGAGAAAACGCUUACUUUGCUGUGGCAGAUGAUUUUUCACUUUCAGGUAAAUGUUCUUCUGAGCGAAAAACUUCUUCAGGAGGAAAUAGCCCAUUUAGAGAGUACCAGGCUUCUCCGCGAUCAGUUAACUGCUGCGGAGAACUGGAUUGAGGGAGACGAAGCAGAUUUUGUGGGAAAACGCCGAGAUUCUUCAGACCUGUAUUUCCAGUCAGACCGGCUGCGCUUGCUCUUUAAAUGGUGUAAGAUGGUUUGCAGAUUGUACGGCUUGAAGAUUGAGAACUUCACUGUUUCAUUCUCGGAUGGUCGUGCUCUGUGUUUCUUACUCCAUCAUUAUCACCCCUCGCUACUCCCCCGGUCACGUAUCAAAGAACAAACUAGCUUGACCUGUAAUCCGGGGGUACAUGAUACAAGUGACAGUGAGGCUGAGGAAGGAAUGGCAGUGAACUCGUGGACUGCAAUAUUCAGCCCCGGUUGCGGAACAAAUACGUUUUUAGAGGAACUGAAGAGUAACGAGCGCGAAAAUUUUCGUACAAUGGCGGAGAAGGUACGAGAACUAGGUGGAGUUCCUUUGAUGACUAAGGCCACUGACAUGUCCUACACAAUUCCCGAUGAGAAGGUUGUCAUAACUUAUGUCGCCUAUCUGUGUGCUCGGUUGCUGGAUCUUCGAGAGGAGACGAGAGCUGCACGCUGCAUUCAGGUGGCCUGGAGACGAUUUCGUCUUAAAAGGCGAUUAGAGCUGAAAAAGAAUGUUGCGAAGAUAGUUGUUUUUAUACAGGCAUGCGCUAGAGCCGCAAUGACACGACGUAGAUUUCAAGCCAUGAGGCAGUCCACUGUUCUCAUUCAGUCUGUGUACCGUGGUCACCUGGUUCGUCGACAACUUCGUGCUCGUCACCAGGCUGCGAACUGCAUUCAGACCCGCUACCUGGCCUUCAAAAAAGGUCGAGAGGUCCUGGAAUGGUACAGAAACCUUCGUAAAAUUGUUGUGCGGCUGCAGCGUACUGUAUUGGCCAAUCAGAGGAAACGAAAGGAAAGGAGAGAUCGAGCUGCGAAAAUAGCACAGUCUGCUUGGAAAGGAUUCAUGGAAAGGAGGAAGUUUGCUGAGAAAAGAGAGGCUUGUAUUCGUAUUCAAGCAUUUAUCAGAGGAGUUAUUCUGCGUGGGCGGUUUUUGCUCCUUCGAAACUCGACUGUGCUAAUUCAGAGAAUCUUCAGGGCAUUGAUGAUCGAGAGAAAAGAGAGAGAACACUUUCUUCAUCUGAGGAAGUGCGUGAUCGUGCUACAGUCGUUAUACAGAGGCAAACGCGAUCGAAAACGCGUGAAGCAGAUUCGCGCGGUUAUCAUGAUUCAAAGCCACGUGCGAGCGUGGGAAACCCGCUCAAGAUUCCUGUUACUGAAACAUGCAGCUACCAAGAUACAGGCUAACGCCAGAAUGUAUCAAACGCGAAAGAAGUUUGCGCUUAUGAAGAGUGCGACAAGAACUUUGCAAGUUCACUUCAGAGCCACUCUCCUUGGACGAGAAGAAAAGAUCAAGUACAUGAAUCAAAAGUCUGCUUGCAUUAAGAUCCAGUCAUUCAUCAGAUGUGAUCUGCAAAGGAAAGCGUUUUUAAAGAAGAGAAAAGCCGCCGUAACGAUUCAGUCCAUUGUCAGGAUGUACCUCGCAAGGUCAAGUUACCGAAACUUGCUUUCGUCAACUGCGAAGAUCCAGAGAAGACUUCGAGAAUUUCUCUACACGAAGAGUAUACAGCAGAAAUAUGUGCACAUGAAGCUAUCUGCAUUAAAGAUCCAGUCAUGCUAUAGAGGUUAUCGGUGCAGGAAGCAGUUUACUCGGGUCAGAUUGGCCACUGUUACUCUUCAAUCACUCACGCGUCGUUUUCUAAGUAGAAAGAAGUUCUUGGCGUUAGCACAUGCUGCUGUCGUGAUUCAGACGCGCUACCGCGCUCUACAGCAGGGACGCCACCAGAGAGUAGAAUAUCACCGCAUCCUUGAUACUGUUGUUCACCUUCAGGCUCUAGUCCGAGGUAACAUUGGCCGUAAACGUCUCGUGGCCCAACAUAGAUCAGCUACUCUGAUUCAGACUGUCUACAGAGGGUACGUUUGUCGCACAAAGUAUCAAUCAUCAAGACAAGCUGCUAUAAACAUACAGCGGCGUUACCGUUCAUUUCUCCUUGGCCGCCAUGUUCGUUCCAAUUUCCAACGUCUUCAACACGCAUCAGUGCAAAUACAAUCUUACUUCCGUGGAUUCCAAGCAAGGAAACAGGUCAAUCUUCUGCGAAGUGCUAUGAAAAUCCAAGCUGCUUAUCGCGGAUACCGAGCUAGAAAGUCAUACAACAAUUCUCGUAACCGUAUCAUUCAUGCUCAAGCAUUAACUCGUGGUUAUUUAACGAGGAAAUAUUAUUACGAGCUCAAGAAAGCCACUGUAAAGCUACAGAGUCGGUACCGUGCCCGCGUGAUUGGCAUGCGUCAGUAUGUAAAUUAUCACGUACAACGCGGUGCCUGCAUCUUGAUACAAGCAGCUGUGCGUGGUUACCAUUGUCGUAAGAGAUACCUAGUAGUGAGAAACGCCGCAAUAGUCAUUCAACAAAAGUACAAAGCUACGGUAAAGUGUAGGAGCCAACGGGAACGUUACCUUGCUAGUAGACGUGCAGCAAUUCAUCUUCAGGCUUGUGUGCGUGGAUGGCUUGACAGAAAAUUGGCGCGAAGACUUCGUGCGGCAAGACUGAUCCAAGCGACAUAUAAGAUGUACAAGGCAAGGGAACAGUUUCUCACAUUCAGAAGUGCUGUACUGAGAUUACAAGCUCAAACACGCAUGAUAAAACAGCGGCAGAGAUUUAUUAGCUUGAAAAACGCAACCGUAGUCAUUCAAAGGAAGUUUAGGGCGGCAGUUCUCUGCAAGCACGAUCAACUUGUAUUUCACUUCAUCCGAGGCGCAGUCAUUACGUUACAGAUGGCUGUAAGAGGAUACCUGGUGCGAACGAGACUUCGUAAAAUGAAUGAUGCCGCUGUUAAAAUCCAGGCUUGUUUUCGCGGGUUUCGGACGUGGAGACGAUAUGAAGCUACCAAGAGAGCUGUGUUGAUUUUACAGCUUCGUUACCGCGCCUGGCUUCUCGGUCGAGCAGUAGCUCGGAAUUUCAAUGCGUUAAAGUCAUCUUCUCUCAUAAUCCAAUCAAGUUAUCGCCGCUACAAGGUGCGACUUAAUUUGAAACGUAAGCAGGCAGCGGUCAAGAUCCAAAGCGCCUAUCGCUGUCAUGUGUGUGCCUCCAAAUAUCUCCUCCAGAAGUCUUCUGCGGUUGUUAUCCAAGCAGAAGUAAGACGCUACAUAGCACGGCGAUCCUAUCAGAACCUUCGUCGUGCUGCAUCUGUGAUUCAGCGCCGAUUCCGAGCUCAGAGGGAGAUGCAGGUGGUCAGACGGUGUUUCACUCUCCAGCGGAAGGCAUGCGUUGUGUUGCAGACUGAGAUUAGAGCAUGGCAUUGCAGACGACACUAUAGUGCGAUUAAAUCAGCAGCCAUCACUAUCCAGCAACACUUCCGAGCUUGCGUUAAGUCUCAUACACAAAGAGAAGGUUUCUUGCAAUUGCGGAGUGCCACUGUUGUGUUUCAGUCUUAUUGGAGAAUGUCGUCGGCUAGAAGAAAAUACAAGAGAGCUCAGGAUGCUGCCAUUAAGAUACAAGCCUUUGCGCGCAUGACAAAAGAAGUUCGGGCUUAUCAAAAGGUCAAGAAUGCGACCAUGGCAUUGCAGAAGAUUUACAGAGCUAAUCACCUUUGCAAAAGGCAGCGUAAAAGUUACGAAAUGAUGCGUCGAGGUGCUAUCAUAUUACAAUCGCAUCUGCGUGGUUUCAUAGCGAGACAGCGUGUUGCUGAAAUGCUGAUGGAGAAACAGAGACUGGGAGCAGCUGCCCUGAAGAUUCAGCGUUACUACCGUGGAUAUGGCUUGAUGAAGGAAACUCACUUUACAUAUCACGUGACCCGUGGUGCAAUCAUCACUUUGCAGUCUGCUUUCCGCAUGGUUCGUGCGCAGAAGUUUGCACGCAGGCUUAGAGCUGUUAUUAAGAUACAAGCGGCAUAUCGUACAGCAGUCACACGUAGAAAUUUCCUGGCCGUGCGAGAAUCUGUCUGCAGAAUACAGGCAACGGUUCGUCGCAAUCAAACCCGACAGCAAUUUGUAGCGACAAGGGAAGCAAUCGUUGCAAUUCAACAAUGGUACAGAGCACAAGUGGCAAUGAGGGAGAUCUAUGCAGAGUAUCAGUGCCUCAGACGCGCCACAGUCCUCAUUCAGUCGUAUUACAAAGGUUAUUGUCAGCGGAAGUCUUAUCUUUGUGACAGACAAAAGGUAGUGCUGGUUCAGUCUUCCGUGCGCAUGCAUCUACAACGGACGAAGUUCCUUCAAAAGCGCUCGGCAGUCAUCGUCAUUCAAUGUCGGUAUCGAUCGUUCAUCAUCGGCCAAGAUGUCCGUCAGAGAUUCCGUCAGUUGAAAUGGGCAGCUACUAGAAUCCAGAGCUUUUACCGAGGUUGCCAAGCGAGAGAUGAAGUGAAGAAACUGAGAUCAGCCAUACUUAUUCAGUCUCAUGCACGUGGAAUGAUUCAGAGGCAGAAAUACUACCAUGCCAAACAAAUCCUGAUCAGAAUGCAAGCCUCAGUAAAGGCCUGGCACUAUCGGAAGAGUUACUUAGAACUCAAAGCCGCAACAGUUUUCCUGCAAAGAAAAGUGCGAGCUAAUAUUGCCUCAAGAAGGGCGAGCGCAGAAUUUCAAGAGGUCAAACGCGCAGUAGUUACGCUUCAAUCUUUUUACCGUGGCUGGAAGGCUCGCUUCUUUGUCCGUCAACUGAAGGCUGUGAUUCAGAUUCAGAGAUGGUUCCGAGGUACAAUGGCUGGAAGAACAGCUCGUGAAGAUUAUCGAAGACUCAAGGAUGCUACUGUCAUACUGCAAGCCGCUUUCCGUGGAUACCGCGGGCGGAUGGUCGCUCGUAAAAUGUUCGCUGCUCGUGUUAUUCAGGCAGCUUUCAGAGGAUUUAUAACAAGAAGGAAGAUAAAACGUCAGAAGGCGCAGCGUUUGGUACAGUUGAAAACGUUUGCAGCAGCUGCAUAUCAUCAUCUGAAAGCCAUCAGAAUCCAGCGUUGUUAUCGGCGGGCACGGGCAAUAGUGGUGGCAAAAGCGCGGAUGGACGCAGUUCUUCUAAUCCAGUAUUGGUGGCGCGGUGUGCUUCAACAUCGGAGGUUUACCACUCUUCGCUCAGCCGCUGUUUUUGUACAGAGAGCAGCACGGAAGAAACUGGUGACGAAAAACAAAAACGCAGCGAAGAUCCAGUCCCUUAUCCGUGGAGUUCUGGCAAGGAAUCAUUUGCGAAAACGUCGGGCAUGCGCACUGAGAAUACAAGCUUUGUGGCGAGGUUACCGAGUUCGACGUGGAGUGUCAUCCGUUAAGGUUAAAAAAGCGCGUAAGCGGAUCAAGUCCGCAAAUGCUGCAGCAACCGAAUCAAUGAAGCUUUGUAACCGCACCAGGUCCGCCCUUGACUUCCUAUUGCAGUGUAAGAACAUCAGCAAGAUAGUGGGAGCGCUUGUUAACCUGGAGGUUGUAACUCGUCUGUCGGAGGUUUGCUGUCAGCAGGUCGUGAGAGAUGGUGCACUGCCUGUUAUAUUCAAAGUAAUCAAGAAGUGCAACCGCAGUUUACCGCACUUAGAAGUCAUUAAAUAUUCCAUAUCAAUACUCUUCAAUGUCGCACAGUACCCGUCAGUUUAUACUACUGUUUAUGAGCAACCAGAUUCUAUCGAAACCUUGGUUGAACUGUUGGCAAACUUCCGAGACAAAAGUUUCCUCUUCGCCAAAACUUGCUGCCUUCUUUUCGUUUUAUGCCGGGACUCCUCAAUCGCUCAAGACAUUCUCAACAUGACAAAGAUUGUAGAAGAUAUCAAGAGUGUCCACAAGAUAGCGGAACGAAACCACCGACUGGAAGCUAAGCGAAACAAGGUCAACGAGAGGAGCACCUGCCAGUUAGCCCCACCCACGCCUUAUAAGGGAAAGAAAUUCAACUCAGUGAAAUGGCAGCAACGGCUGAAUAUGGUCCAAGAUCCUUUGGAGGCAGUAAGACUACUCGUGAAAAAACUGGGCCUGGCUCCGUUGGAUGAAUGAAGAAUUAUUUUGCCUUUUACCCACCUGAUUUUUAAUUCGUUAUUUUAUAUACCCUUUCCAUUGUAUUUUAUCUGUAUACACAGCGACAGUUCAGUUUUAUCGCAAUUCAAACUGCGAGCAUUUACGUCAUAUUCGCAUAUUAUGUGCGGUGAUGUUUGAGAUGGGCCUUCGACGGCGGGAACGUUCGCAACAUUUUUACAAGCUUUAGUUUUCAACUCCUGUCUUAUAUUCGCUGUUUUAAACAAUCUCUCCAACUGGGGUACAUUUUUAAACUUCUGCACGUAUUCACCAAAGCCGCAACAGAUACUUGCAUUCAAAAAUGUUGUAGCUUGCAAAAUAUUUAUAGCUAUGGAGUAAUGUUAACAUUUUAGUUGUUAGUACACAGAAAACGGGACGGAGAAUCAUGAUGGGACACUUCACGCUCUACUACAUGAAAUGAGUCAGUUUUAUUUCUACUCGCUAACGUCAUUCAGUUGUACUGGAUCAUCUUAUUUGUAAAUACAUUUACAAUGAAGGGAGUAAAACAACCAUCCGCAUUCGCAAGGGAAA